AUGGAACUUGAAACUGUAACUGGUGAAGCUAUUUCUCCGGAGCUAGUCGAUUCGGAAGUUUGUGGUCAACUGUCGGUUGAAACAACCGGAGAAUCCCUUUCGGAAGACGUCUAUCGCAUUGCGAUAUGUCCGUUCCGUGGUCACAGUUCCAAAUCGACGAUCGAAGAUGAAUCGGAGUGGUUUCCGAAACCGGUAGAUCCGUUGAAGCGAUUGGCCGAGGUUGAAGACGUGCCAAUUCAGCCCAAACGCAGCAUUGCACAACUUUACGCAAUCGAAUGUCGCAAGUACGGGGUGACGGCGCUGCAACUCGUUUGCGGCAUUUUAGAGGAGAUUGAGCGGGAGGCGGAUUCCGAUGUAGAUGUGGACUUGAACCGCGUCGGUUUAAGUAACCUCCAGGUGCAAAUCAUCCUGGAUUGCCUGGCUGUAGCCUGUCCGGAUCGGUUGAACUUUCUCGGCUUGAGUCACAAUCUGUUGAUGGACAGUAUCCUGGCGAAUUGUCUAGCGAAUCUUCUGCAGUUGUCCCGACGGAUUGCAAGGUUGGAUCUUUCGCAUUGCACUCUGAGUGACUACGAAGUGCUGAAGAUUUUGGCAGAUGCGUUGUCUACUUCGACGGUGCGGAGCGUGAACCUGUCGCACUGUCAGCUGAGCGAUACAGGUGGAGUGGAUUUGUUCAACGCUUUGUCGAUGUCGGACUGUAUCGAAGAGGUGGAUGUCAGCUGGAAUCGGUUGCAGAGUGGGAGUGGAGUUGCGGCAGGGUUGUUUGUGGGGGUAAAUUCAACGAUUCGGGAACUGAACUUGGAAGGAAACUACCUGUAUCGGGAGAAGGAGUGUAUCGUUCCGUUUUUGAAGGAGUUGGCUAAGAAUGAAUCGCUGAGGAAGCUGAAUUUGUCGUGGAAUGCCCUGCGGGGUUCCCUAUUUGGUUCGGCGUUGGUCAAAGCGAUCGUGGCUAGUGGAUUGAAAGUGCUGAAUUUGGAAAUGAAUUGCUUGCGAUCGGAGGAAGCAUUGUCUUUGUUGAAGGCGUUCCGAAAAUGCGAACAUUUGAGGGAGAUUUUGCUAGGUGGGAACUUCUUCAGUGAGGAUGAUCUCAAGGAAUUUUUAAAGGCAUUUGGACGGAAUCCAAACAUGAAUUUACUGUCGUUGGGAAAGUAUCAGUUUGUUUCGAAAGUGACCGGGCGGUUAUCAAAACGCUUCAUGAAUCGCGAUCCUUCGAAGAGAAUCACCUACCAGGGAGUUCUGUUGGCAAAUCCACCGCGUCCGGUGGAUGUUCCGGAGAUGUUGCUAGAUCGAUGCCGCUUUUUGGGCUUCAAACCGAAAAAGAAGAAGCUAAAGCGUGACCUUGGCCACUUUAUGCUGCAGUUGCAGAAGCUGGAGAACCCUCUGUUGCCACGGGAUGAUUUCCUGGCGAUGGUCAAAAAGUUCCGCAUCAAGUUGGAUAAGAGUUUGACGGAAUCGUUGAUGGACGCAUUCACGGAGCGGAAGUUGGUUGACGGUGCGGCCAUGGCCGUGAAAUAUCUGGACAAGUAUCCUACGGAACCGCCUCCGGUUAAACCGAAAAAGUCAAAGGGGAAAAAGAAGAAAAAGAAAGGAAUAGCAAAACCGAAAAAGUAA